AUGAUUGAUAAUAACUUGAAUAUUGUUUGUACAACAGAUUUAGUCUUACCAAAAAUAGAUACAGUAUAUCAGACAACAUUGCCUUUACCAAAUGUAACUUAUUCAUCGAUAAUUAUGGAUAAUACAAUCAAUUCUAUGCAUAAUAUUCAAUCUAUACCAAUGAUGUCACCUAAUCUAACCACAUUUACAUCACAUUUGAGUUUAAAUAAUUAUUCUGAUGUUCAACAUUGUAUACCGACACUAUCAAUAAACAAUUCAAAUCAAGAUUUCUACAAACCUAAUAUUAUGUUAGCUUAUGAUAUUAACCAUAAGUCAAAUGAUUGA